UUGAACUCAUUUUUACUCGGCCAAAUCAAUAAUUACAUAAAAUAGGAAGAUUUUACUUAUAUUUACCGAACUAUUUGACACGGUCGCGUGAACAUUGUUUACGAGUGUCUUGUGUUCAGAUUGUUUUAUGUGAUAAUAUAACAAUAUUUUUUCCAAAUAACUGGAAAGAAACUUUAUUUAAAAUAAUUGAGUGCCUAGACUCUGUGACAUAAUGUCUUGUGCGGUAUGGGGCUGCAGCUCACAUUCAGGAAGAAAAGAAAAUAGCCAACAACUCCUGUCGUUUCAUCGAUUUCCUGUUGACGAUAACAAAAAGAAAGAAUGGAUAAUUCGCAUUAAUAGACGAAAUUGGAUUCCAAAUAAGUACAGCCGUAUUUGCUCGAAACAUUUUACUGCGGAUUCAUUCAUGUGUGUUCCUAAUUCGAAGUGGAGACGUCUUCGAGACGAUGCUAUCCCUACAUUGAACAUUAUGGAUCAAACAGAUGAAAUGAAUCCUGUAACUAAGGAAGAACCUUUUGACGACCAAUCACAACCACAGAAUCCUGUAACCAAGGAAGAACCUUUUGACGAGCAAUCACAACCACAGAAUCCUGUAACCAAGGAAGAACCUUUUGACGAGCAAUCACAACCACAGGAUUGUGUGCCAAUGAAUUCUGAGAUAGUACCUAGUACAUCUUCCAAGAUUAGUUCACCAGAACAAUCUCAGCAAACCUCAAUCCAAAAUCAGGAUUGUGUGCCAAUGAAUUCUGAGAUAGUACCUAGUACAUCUUCCCAGAUUAGUUCACCAAAGCCAUCUCAUCAACCCUCAACCCAAAAUCAGGAACUCCUGAUGCAGGUGUUAGAAAAUGAACAAUACAAAAGAAAGAUCCAAACAUUACAGAAGCAACUUGAAAAGAGUAGGAAAGUUUCUAAACGCCGUCUUCGCAGAAUCAACACAUUAACAAAACGAGUUACUCGAUUAAGUAAAAAAAAUGAGGAUUUAUACUCUAUAUUAGUGGAACACCUAAAAAAAAAUAAUAUUGAAACGGAGUAUAUAAUCUAACCAUGCUGGAUAAAACAAAUGAAAAUGAUGUGAUAAAAAGAUAUUUGGAAAGGCAAGAUGGUGCUAGGGAGAGCAGAGCAGGAUCAAUAUAAUAAUAAAUAUUAUGGCUAUGUGGAUAGCGGGCGUAAAAAGACCUGUAGGGCGUCCAUCCUUACGAUUUAAGGACUCCUGCAAGCGGGACAUGAACAGCUUCGGUAUUCAGACGGAUGGGUGGGAGAAGCGCGCCGAAAUGAGACCUGAAUGGCGCCAUGAUAUUAACGUCGGGACUUCAAGACAUGACGAUGACUGGCUGGAAAACCUGAAGCAAAAAAGUCUUCGUCGUGCUUUACCACCUCCUGAGGAGUCGCGUUUUGUGUGCGAACGAUGUGGCAAGAAAUGCCGCGCUGCUAUAGGGCUCUAUAGCCAUCGGCGGCGCUGCGGGAACCCGUAGACUCACAAGUGCUGCAACAAUCAUCUACGAUAGAUGCUGUGGCCAAUGAUGAUGGCUAUGUGAACAUCGGUUGUGACUUGGACUCGGAAUCAGUACCUCUCGCUACACAUUAACUUUUAUGGUAACUUGCGUUAACGAUACUUGGAAAAUUCCCGUAGGAUAUUUUUUAAAUAAUUAGAUAACCGUUGAGCAGAAAUCAAUACUGGUUAUGCAGUGCAUCUAGCUUUUACAAGAAUGUGGCGUAAAAGUUCUAGCGUUAACAUUUGAUGGAGCGGCAACCAACGUUGCCAUGUGUACCCGUUUAGGAUGCGAUAUGCAUACAGAUGCUGUAUCAUUUAAAUAUGAAAACUUUAAUAUAUAUUUGUGGCCAGACCCUUGCCAUACUAUUAAAUUGGUACGAAACACAUUGGGGGAAAAAAGAAAAUUAUAGAUGCAGAAAACCAAAUAAUAUCUUGGGACCAUAUAGAAAG